UAGAAAGAAACAAAUAAUCAACGUGACCGUGACGACGAAGAUAAGAAGCUUCUCACCGGCGAUUUAUGAGUUAUCUGACUCGCCUAGCCAACCGCCCUAGGCUUACCGCUUUUCCCCGUCGUGUCUACGUCGGAAUCCGACAACCGGAUUCUUCGCCGGCACUUUUCGUAUCCUUCAUAAGCACGCGUACAGGGGACAUCACGCAAGCUCUAAAUCUCAGAACCUGCGAUCUUCUUUAUUACCCCUCUCCGGCUGCGGCGGCAGCUGGGAAUUCUCAAUUCAACGUUGCAAUGGACACUGACUCAUCUCCUCUUCGAGAAGAUUUUGUUCAUGUUCAAAAUAUCAACCCUCAUGAGAUCUCUGUUGAUAAAAGAGAGGAUCUGAAUUCUAGCUCCGAAAUCUCACAGAACUCUCAAUCUUGUUCUGAAACUUCAUCCAGAAAUAUUACUUCUUUUGAUGAUGUUGGAAACGAGGAUGUUCUUGCAUCCUCCGAAUCCCAAACUCCCGAACCUAGUGUAAUGGAGACAGAAGGGAACAAAGAUCUUCCAGAUGAACUCGCUAAAAAUGUUGUGAUUUUGGAAUGCGAAUCGUCGGCUGAGGGCGGUUCCUGCGAUGUUUACUUAGUCGGAACUGCUCAUGUUUCUCAGGAUUCCUGUAGAGAAGUUCAGGCCAUCAUCAGUUACUUGAAACCGCAGGUUGUUUUCUUGGAGUUGUGUUCCAGUCGAAUAAGCAUACUGGCCCCUCAGAAUCUACAGGUACCAACCAUGAAGGAAAUGGUAGAUAUGUGGCAGAAAAAGAAUAUGAACAUAUUUGGAAUUCUUUACAGCUGGUUUCUCGCCAAGGUUGCUAACAAGCUAGAGGUUUUCCCUGGGUCGGAAUUUCGUGUGGCAUUUGAACAAGCAAUGCAAUAUGGUGGCAAGGUGAUACUGGGUGAUCGUCCAGUCCAUGUUACACUUCGGAGGACAUGGGGAAAAAUGUCACUUUGGCAUAAGGCAAAAUUUCUAAACAGCAUACUUUUCCAAGCAAUCUUUCUGCCAAGCCCUGAGGAUUUAAAUAAAAUGCUGAAGGAAAUGGAUGACGUUGACAUGUUAACUCUUGUAAUUCAGGAGAUGAGCAAGUCAUUCCCUACAAUGAUGGAGACACUUGUUCAUGAACGAGAUCUGUACAUGUCAGCCACAUUACAUAGAGUCGCUAGUGAACAUACUUCAGUUGUUGCCGUUGUUGGCAAGGGUCACCUGCAAGGAAUCAAGAAGCACUGGAAGCAGCCUGUUGAUGUUAGGGAUCUCCUUGAAAUUCCUACAAGAAAAUCAACUAUUUCUGCCAUGAAGAUCCUUAAAUCCCUUGGUGUUGCAGUUGCUGGGGCAGCCAUAAUUUCCGGUGUCUAUUUGGCAGGAAAGAAGUAGUUGUCGGGAAGCUGAUGCAUUUCCAAGGAAAGGUUAUUGAAUGUGGAGGGUUCUACCUUGUUACUUCCAGAAAAUCAUCAUGAUAUGAAGAGAUUCAUAUUCAUCCUGUCAACUGCUUUAACAGCGGUGGAUGCGGCUCUCUCUUUGUCACCAUUAAUCUGCGCUUUGUUUAUCAUGAUUUAUUUUGAAACUGCCAAGCUGCCCUUAACCUAAACAAAAAGCCAUAAUGCCCUCAAAGAGAUAAUACAAGCUAGCUCUUCUUC